AUGCUCGUAGGCAACUCCGGGAACUGCGGGUAUCCGUACAGCUUCGUAAACAACCGCACGCAAGUCGCGGUGCCGGAUCCGCGCUGGUCCAACACACUCACGUCCGGCAUCGGCAACUUCAAGGGCGCGGCGUGCGGGCAGUGCUUCAUGGUGAAAUGCCUCUCGAAGCCGCGGUACGCCGGAAAGGUCUUCUGCCGAAGCAAGAAAGCGGUAAUGGUGACGAUAACAAACUUCGACACGCCGCGGUCCGAGGGCUGGCCCAACAACCACUUCGACUUCCACCGCACCGGAUUCGAGAAGAUCGCGGAUCCGGACUCGGGCAUUGUGAACGUGAUGUGGCGCAGAACGCGCUGCCCGAAAACCGCGCCGAAGUACACGGUGAAGGGCAAUCCCUACUGGCACGACAUAACUGUUUACGACGUGCCUGGGGUUGGCGCCAUCACUGGCGUAUGGGUGAAACGCGCGGGGAGAUCGGAUUGGGAGGCGGCGAGACACUCGUGGGGAGCGCAUUGGGUGGUGACGGGGAAGGUCGACUGGGACAGCCGUAAGACGAAGGUGCGCGCGCAGGUUGCGGAGUCGCGGCGAUUCAUCUAUCCCGCUCGAAAGCAGGCGUAUUAG